UUUCAGAUCAUAAUCAUAAUCAAAAAGUUAAUGGGAACUGAGUUGGUUGUCACUGAUGGUGAUGGUGGAUUUGAUGUUUUUCGGACGCGAUUACUGUUGAUGUUUGGUGGACCGUUAGGCUUUCAUCUUUUGUAUUUACGUGAGCCUCUUGAAGCUUAUGUAUAUUUCGCGACGUUUGGUCUCUCCCUGAUUGCGGUAUUUUACGAUGCAAUAAUUCUAAAUAGCCGGGUUGCUGCACGAAAUAAAGAAAUAGAUAUUGUAACUAUCGAUGAUCGAAAGGUGAGAGUAGUAUCCACUUCAAUUAUCCGUUUCAUUGCACAGUUGCUGUUUGGUUGUUGGAUUGGAUUCUUGUUCUGUUUAGUCACUGUUUUACUUAUUGGCACUGGACAUCGUGUCCUUCUAGCUCUGUCCAUAGCUGUCGGUGUCAGUCAAGGGGUUUAUGUGGUUGGAAACUGUAGGAAGCAACAGCGUAGCUUAAUUUACAUAGCACUUCCGGCAGCUAUUUCAUCUUUAAUGGCGAUCCUUUUGUUCGACCUUUCGUUGUGUCGGACAGUUUUCUUCACCUCACUUUCGGCGACGUUUGUUGGUAAUCGUAGUACCCAACUCCGAACAAUCCAGAAAUUUUCACGUGCUACGUAUUUUGUCCUAUCACUGAUUCAUUCUUUUAUCAUGAUUAUCAUUAUGAUUGGUUUGGUGCGUGUUAUACUUGAUCGACGAAUUUCAGUUGUCACAGGAAAUUAUGCUCGUGUUUCUGCUUCACUUGGUUCUAUCAUACAGGAUAAAUAUUUUCGAAUUCCAAGCAAAGAUAUUUUCGAAAAUUUUUCGCGUAUUGAAUAUUUGCCGGCACAGCAUAGAACGAUACUGAGUAUAGGAAAUUCCCGAGCAUAUCACCAAAAUGGUGAAGAAAAAUUGUCUAUUUUCGAUUACAUGACUAUAUUAAUUAUUGACUUUAUGCGAUAUAGUACGGAGCUGUCCAAAAAUACGGAAAUGCGAGGAUUAAGUGCUUUGCAACUGACUAUAUGGAGGAUAUUCGCUUUGCAGGUUUUUGAUGUGACACCAUAUGCAUCGGAUGAAAAAGUACUACAGGAAUGUUCGAAAUAUUUGAAAAAUGAAGAAUUACUGGGCGAAACCAUGAAAGAUAGCAACUAUUGGCAGCACAAAGCAACCAAGAAAGCUUGUAAACUUUUGCGCACAGUAGUUAGUAGCAGAAUAAUUUAA